AUGGAGCCGCUACAAAACCAAAACCCGUCGUCCUCGACAACCAGCAAAGCCAGCUCCUAUCAACCCCUGCGAUCCUCUCAAAGUAGCAGAGGCAUAAACUCUGACUCGACGUCGGCAGCGCCUAGCUUUGGCUCUGGUUCUGGGGUCCCAGCUCCUCGAGACGACAAGCAAGACAUGGCAUUGUGCGUGGAGAGCGUUCGGCAGUCGUUUGAUCCAUGGAGUGCCCAGUACUACUAUUAUUCCAAUGAGGCCAACGAAGGCCAAGCGCCCUGCAAAGGUUGCACCAAAAUCUUCAAGGCUAGGGCCGCGGCAGCGGCAGCGUCGUCAGCGACUGUGGUUGCGCAGCAGACACCCCACGCCCGUGGGAUUGGUGCCGCAGCAGACUCUUCCCCAACCAUGACGCAGAACCGGACAGGCAGCCUCGACGACGAAUGCCCCGAUGAAGCUCCUGAUAUGAUGCAAGAGCUCCGGCACGAUGGCUCUGUCUUAGCCCUCGCCGUCUCCGAUCGCUACAUUUUCGCCGGCACCAGCAAGGGUGAGAUCGUGAUCUGGUCGCUCGGCACCUACCAGCAUGUCAAGACUAUCCAGGCCCACAAGCGCAGUGUCUUGAACCUGCUCCUGUCCGACGACGGCAAGUACCUCUUCUCGAGCGCCUGCGAGCCCAUCCUGGGCGUCUGGUGCCCUAAAACCUUCAUCCGCCUGUACGAAAUCUACAGCACGUACGACGUCGGCGACGUCUUCAGCAUUGCCUGGUCGCCCCAGCACCAGACGCUGUACCUCGGUACACAGACCCAGGACAUUCAGUGGAUUAGCCUCAAUGACCCGACUCGCCAAGUGCCACGAGACUCGCCGAAACAUCCUGACAUUCGUCAGCAUCGCUUCUUUGACUCCCGUGCUGUCGGCGGCACCUCGACCCCUCGUCGCAUGGAAGAGCACUAUGCCCUCAUUCCUAAGGCUGAGACAGUUUUAGAGAUCGAUUCCAGUGCCAUUCAGCGGUAUGCUCACUACGGUUGGGUCUUUUGCAUGUUGAUUGCGAAGGGCCCUACCGUCCUGGCCGAUCCCGACGAGGAGAUCUUGAUCUCAGGCGGCGGAGAUGGUACAAUCAAGCUUUGGAGGCUCACCGAUGACGAACCUGAAUACGGUGAAGGAGAUGGCGUAGUGGGCAACAUCGAGGAGAUGAUGGUGCUUGGCCACGACGAUAGUGAGUCGGUCAUGUCACUUGCCAUCGACGGAUCGUUCCUCUAUGCCGGCAAGCUCAGAGGCAUCAUUGAGCUCUGGGAUCUCGAUACUAAGCAGAAGUUGCGUGUCAUUAAGGCCCAUGACGGCAACGUUAACACCUUGAAUAUGAGCUUUGGCCUACUUUGGAGCGGCGGUACUGGUGGCUCCAUCGCGAAACAUAGCACGGUCCACUAUGGCCGCGGUAAGAACGGCUUGCUUCAGAAUGUAAGCCAGAAGUACCAGUGCCUUAACCGCUGGAAGGCCCACGAAGGCAAGAUUUUGUCUUCGGCCGUCACAGUGCACGCGACUGAGCAGCUCUUUAUUACUGGCGCCAAUGACAACACUGUCCGUGUCUGGCAUGUUAAUGGCAUGCCCACCCAUAACGAAGAGGGCCGCGAAGUCCAGGAGGAUAUGAUGAUCACUUCGCUGCGCGAGUUUGUCUCGUACAAAACUAUCUCGUCGCGGCCUGAAUUCACUGAGGAUUGCCGCAAGGGCGCUACAUUCCUCGCAUCUUUGUUCAAGCGGCUCGGUGCCCAGGUUGAUGUACUCAGCACAGGCAGCCUGCAUAACCCAAUCGUCUUGGCCCGGUUCAGCGGCAAGCUGGAGCCAGCCAACGAGCGCAAGCGUAUCUUGUUCUAUGGUCACUACGACGUAGUCCCCGCCGAGAUAAAGGCUGACAAGUGGCUGUCAGAUCCGUUCAAAAUGGAGGGCCGGAAUGGUUAUCUCUAUGGCCGUGGCGUCAGCGACAACAAGGGCCCUAUCAUGGCUGCGUUGUAUGCUGUCUCUGACUUGCUCCAGGCCAAGCAACUUGACUCAGACAUUAUCUUUGUUAUUGAGGGUGAGGAGGAGUCUGGCUCCCGCGGCUUCCAGGAAACCAUCCGCAAGAAUAAGGACCUCAUCGGUCAUGUUGACUACGUUCUGCUAGCCAACAGCUACUGGCUUGAUGACGACGUCCCCUGCCUGACGUACGGUCUUCGCGGCGUCCUGCAUGCCACCAUUUGCAUCGACUCGAAGCGCCCCGACCUCCACUCUGGUGUCGAUGGCAGCAACAUGCUCUCCGAACCUCUCACCGACCUGACCCUUCUCUUGUCGAAGCUCAAGGACAACAAGAACCACGUCAAGAUCCCCGGCUUUUACGAUGGUAUCCUCCCCAUGACCGAUGAAGAAGAGCAGCGCUAUGACGAGAUUGCCUCCAUCCUCCUCCGCCGCAACCCCUCAUCCGGCCCACUCGACGUCCUCAAGCGCAGCCUCAUGGCCCGCUGGCGCGAACCCAACCUGACCAUCCACCGCUACAACGUCUCUGGCCCGGACGGCUCCCUCAUCAGCAGCCAUGCCACGGCCAACGUCAGUAUCCGUCUUGUCCCCGGCCAGGAGGUCGAGCAGGUCAUUGAGUCGAUGACCCAGUUCUUGUACGACGAGUUUGCCAAGUUUGACAGCGAGAAUACGCUUACUGUCAGGAUCGAUAACAAGGCUGAGCCGUGGCUCGGCGUGCCGGGGAAUUACAUCUUCCGAACACUGGAAGAGGCAAUUGUUCAGGCGUGGGGCCUCAAUGGCGAGGCUGCCGACGAGGAUGACAGCAGUCGCGUGGCGUUGCCUGCGAAUGCCACCAGUGAUGAAACCAAGCCUAAGACACGCAAGCCGUUGUAUAUCCGGGAAGGCGGAUCCAUUCCGCCGAUUCGAUUCCUCGAGAAGGAGUUCAACGCGCCUGCGGCUCAUCUUCCGUGCGGUCAAGCUAGUGACGCGGCGCAUCUGGAUAAUGAGCGGUUGCGGAUGCUGAACUUGGUGAAGAGUAGGGAGAUUUUUAGGACGGUGUUUAGAAAGUUGUGA